GAAGCGAAGAAGAAACUAUAAACGUCACAAUUCAAAACAAUACUGGAAGUUAACCGUGCUGUUUGUUUGCGUGUUUGUUCUAUGAAAAUAUGUCUCAAGCGAAGCCAGACAAAGACAGCCAAGCGUCAGAAGCCAAGAAGGCGAUCUCUCUCCCGAUCUCCAGAGUCAAGCUGAUCAUGAAGAGCUCCCCAGAUGUCUCAAGCAUCAAUCAGGACGCUCUCUUCCUCACCACCAAGGCUACUGAGCUGUUUGUGCAACACCUGGCUCUGACCUCCUUUAACAACGGCUCCGGGAGGGAAGCUAACACGCUUGACUACAGCGAUCUGGCUAAAACCGCAGAAGAAACCGACACUUUCCACUUCCUCACAGAUAUUUUGCCAAAAAAGAUCCUGGCUCGAGAAUAUCUCAAAUCACUGGAGCAAAUGGAAGACGAAGAUGCUGAUUUUUGACAAGGAGAGGACUUCAUUUUUUCUCCUCUCCAUGUGGACACUUAAAAUGCACACUGCUCUCUUUAAGAGAAAAUUUGAGACACAGAGGAGACAUAUGGACUUCAUUAGUACCUGUCGACACACUGAGUUGGUUUAUGUAGAGAUUGUAAGAAAAGUGAUUAGAGGAAUUUUAAAUUAUAAAUAAAUCCCUCCAAAAACUGAAAAAUGUUA